AUGAUAGCGAAGGCCGUAGCCACCGCCAGCGACGUACACUUCAUCGCUGUUAAGGGGCCAGAACUGCUCAACAAAUACAUUGGGGAGAGCGAGAAGAACGUGCGGGAUGUCUUCGCUAAGGCCCGUGCUGCUCAGCCUUGUGUUCUCUUCUUUGACGAAAUAGAUGCUCUUGUAGGAACCAAAACCACCACUAGAACCGUAGCAACAGCACCACCACCAGCAGCACCAGCAGCAGCAACAGCAGCAGCACCAGCAGCAGCACCAGCAGCAGCAGCACCAGCGGCAGCAGCAGCAGCAGGAGCAUGCGAGUGUGUUGGGGCUGCAUGCGUUGUGUUGCAGCUUCCUCGCCGGGGGCGUGCCUCUGACUCUGGGGGGGUGCUGGAUAGGGUGGUGGCUCAGCUGCUAGCGGAGAUGGAUUCUUUGCCCCCCAGGGUUUUUGUUGUGGGGGCCACCAACCGCAUAGAGCUGCUGGAUGGGUCUCUUCGUUUGCAGCCGGUUGAGCUGCAGGAAGCAGCAGCAGAAGGAUGGGCCUCCAUAGACACUGCAGCAGCACCACUCGGGUGUACAUACACCGCGCUGCUGCUGCUGUGUCCUGCCGCAGAUACACACCAGCAGCAGCAGGAGCAGCAGCUGCUGCUGCAGCAGCAGCAGCAGGAGCAGCAGGAGGAGCAGCAGCAGCAGGAGCAGCAGCAGCAGGAGCAGCAGCAGCAGGAGCAGCAGGAGGAGGAGGAGGAGCAGCAGCAGCAGCAGCAGCAACAGCAGCAGCAGCUGCUGCUGCAGCUGAGUCUGAUGAGUAAUACAAAACUAAAAGAAAGGGGGGGGACAGCAGCACUGCAGCCCCCACCACAAACACAAACACUCACCAUACAGCUGCUGCACCAGCAGCAGCAGCAGCAGCAGCAGCAACAGCAGCAGCAGCAGCAGCAGCAGCAGCAGCAGCAGAAGACUGUACAGCAGCAACAAGCAUGCGCGGCGCUUCUUAAUGGGUACAGAGCAGCUCUAUGGAUAGCAAAGGGGGGGGGCCCCCCUACUGAGGACCCCGAGGGGCCCCCCGAGGGGCCCCCCGAGGGGGCCCCCACAGAAGACCCCCCAGGGGCCCCUGAGGGGGCCCCCAUAGAGGCCCCCCCAGGGGCCCCUUCAGGGGCCCCUUCAGGGGGCCCCCAAGGGGGCCCCCCAGGGGCCCCCACAGAGGACCCCCUCGAGGGCCCCCAGAGGGGCCCCCCCAAGGGGGCCCCCUGCUGUGUAUGUGGUGAUGAGAGAUUGGGUUGUUAUGGGGGCCCCCCGUGUGUUGUGUGCAUGUGGUGUAUAGACACCUGA